CAAUUCUACGCAACCACAAGUCCACAAGAAGUUAGUUCAACUUUGAAAUUCGGACAACAGUACAUGAACUUGAUAUAAACUAACCAAACCGACUUAAUGCGUGUGAAUUUGUUGUGUGCUCGGCCAAAUUUAAUCUUCGGUAAUAGAGGAAUAAAUACUUGGUCGUUGCGACGCUCACCGACUGCUGCAAUAGCCAAUUCUUUCACACAGCCCACUGCACUAUCAUUCAAAAUGGACGCCAAAACGGAAAAGCCGAGUCACCACUUCCACCGUGAACUAUCGAACGUGUUCGCACAGUCACCCCUCGACCGGUUGAACAAUCACCGUGCCAACGGAUCCAAGUUCUUUAUCCCGAGACAAACGAGCGACGACUUCGCGCUGCUGCUUUUUAGAGAUAGAAAGCCACUUCUACGCACCACGACAAAGCAGGAAGAUGGGAAAGAUAAGAAGUCGACCCAGUUGUUUUGGUUGACAGGGGCCCAGUACGACGCGAUGGCUGCGAAGAUGGGCUGGGUAUCCCGAUCUGUAAGUGGGGAAGAUCUGCUGUUCUUAGGCGAAUGGGAUCAGCAGCGGAAUGGAUCCAAUGGGAGCAACCAGUGUUUCACGCUAAAGGUGGAAUCCACGAUAGAGGAGGAAGCGAUCUUCUCUGCCAUAGUUGAAUCCAGUACCGAGAAGUUGGAUGCCGAGUCUCUUAAAUUUACCAAUUUGCGUGACGUCACCGUGAUAAGAAAUCAUCUCUCUCCUGAGGAUGGUGCUGUAGCUGCGCAUGCACAGGCACUAUUGCACUUCCAUGCGAGCCACGCCUACUGCGGUACAUGUGGCCAGCCCACACACAGUUACGAGGGCGGUAGCAAACGCAUCUGUUCCAGGAACACCAAAGCACGCUCAAAGUACGAUGAAUUGAAUGAACUGGGUGAAGGUGACACGACGAAGGCCCUAUGCAGAGGCGAAUGGUUCCCCAGGACAGAUCCGGUGGUGAUAUGUAUAGUAAUUGAUCUGGAGCGCGAGAUGUGCAUGCUCGGCAGGCAGGCGGUGUGGCCUAAAGGUAUGUACUCGGCGUUAGCUGGCUUCAUGGAGCACGGGGAGUCUAUCGAAGACGCCUGCAGACGCGAGUUGGGUGAAGAGGCCGGUGUCAUGAUUGAUACAGUUCGGUACCACAGCUCCCAGCCCUGGCCGUAUCCGUAUUCGUUGAUGAUAGGGUGUAUUGGCAUCGGUGAUAGCACCCUCCCCGUGACAGUGGAUACAAACGAACUCGAGGAUGCACGAUGGUUCGACCGUCAACAAGUACACGACCUUGUGUAUAUGGGAAAGACCCGCAAAGAAGAGGUCGAUGGAGAAAGUAUGACAAGAUACUUCAUGCCGCCCUCGGGUGCCAUUGCAUAUCACUUAGUGAAGGGUGCGCUGGAUGUAUGGGACCAGCACAAGGGAGCUAUAAAGGUGCCCGAUGCCCAUUUAGAGGCGAAAGAAUAGGUCUGCAUCAUAUAGACGAUGAGUAAUCAAUAAAGUACUGUAUCAGAA